AUCUUUGGAUGUAUUGUUGCCUUGAGAGUCCCAGUUGCCUGAGAAGUCCCUGUACCCUACGGUUUACCCCUAUAUCAUCAAUAAACGUCUAUUUCCAUCUCUGUUCAUCAGAUCUGUGAGAUUGGAUUACUGUUUUUAGCUUUGAUUUGUGUCUGUGUCUAACAUUGGUAUCAGAGACGGUUAAUCGUCGUUGAUGGUUUGGACGCGAGGGAAGAUGGAAUCACGAGUGGACGAGUUGGAGAAGAAUCAUCAAGAGACGAAGGAAAUACUGACCGCGAUUCUCGCAAAGUUGGAUGCAAGAGAAAAAAAUCGAUCACGAAGUCGAACGCAGGCAUCGUCUACAUCGCGUCACUCAUCGCAUCACUCAUCGCAUCAUCACUCGACGAAAUUGGAGGAUAGUUCCGAUGGAUCGGAAGGUCACAGAGGGUAUUCACCACCACACCGGCAUCGCCAUCACCAUCAGACGCACAGAAAGGUUGACCUACCUUUAUUCAACGGUGAAGACGCUUAUGGCUGGCUUGUCAGGAUUGAUCGUUAUUUCCAACUCAACAAUACAGAAGAAGAGGAUAAGAUUGAAGUUGCAGUAGUAGCGAUGGAAGGCAAAGCUCUGGGAUGGAUUCAAUGGUGGGAGAAACAAGCAAGAGAAAGGACAUGGUAGAAAUUAAAGAAGGCGCUGAUUCGUCGCUUUCAACCAGAGUUGAUCCAAAAUCCCUUGGGUCCUUUGUUGAGUCUGAAACAGAAAAAUUCUGUACAAGAAUACAGAGAACAAUUUGAAUCGGCCCUUGCUUCUCAAGAAUAUUUGGACAAGAAGGUUAUGAGAGGCAUCUUCUUGAAUGGAUUAAAGAAGGAUAUCAAGGCUGAACUAAAGUUGUAUAAGACCAAAGAUCUUGCUAAAAUCAUGGAAAAUGCACAGUUGAUUGAGAAUAAGAACGAGGAAAUAUUGUUCAGAAAGAAUAAAGAAGAAGGAAAAAGAACAUGGAAGAACACGGCAUCUAAAGGAAGCAGUUAUCAGAAAUGGGAAGAAGGGAUCAGAAGUAGCAGUAAUCCAACUCCUACACAGUCUUCUGGAAAUAAGAGUAAUGAUAACAAGAGUGGGGAGAUUGGUGAAGGUUCUAACUCCGGAAAAAUAGGCCCCAGUUUAUCCCAAAAAGAAUUGGUGGAAAGGAGUAAGAAGGGAUUGUGUUUCAAGUGUGGGGACAACUGGAAUAGAGGGCAUGUAUGCCAGAUGAGAAAUUUCAAAAUGGUUUUGAUUGAAAACUCUGAAGAAGAGGCAGAAACUGAAGAGGAUUGCAGCAAGUCUGAAGAAGAAGAGGGGCCUCACCCUGAACUAAAAUCAAUGCAAUUAUCAGUGCUCAGUAAAGAAGGUAUACCUUAUAUGAGAACUUUUAAAGUAAUGGGGAAACUAAGUUAGUCAGACUUAGUCUGCAGGAGAGAAACCAGUAAACAUUCUCAUUGAUUGUGGUGCUACCCACAAUUUCAUAUCACAGAAAUUGGUAGACAAGUAUAAAAUUCCUUACUAUAAAAUAAAAGGAUAUAAGGUCCAGACUGGGAAUGGGGAGUUCAUUUCCAAUAGUGGCAGAUGUUUGGGGCUGAAAUUAGAAGUGCAAGGGAAUGUAAUACAACAAGUGUUUUACAUCCUGGAGUUAGAAGGGACAGAACUAGUGCUUGGAAUGGAAUGGUUAACUCAAUUGGGAGAUACGGCUGUCAAUUUCCAAAACCAGAACCUUAUAUGGAAGCAGGAGAGUCAGAUUUGCUCAAUCAAAGGGGAUAUAGCCCUAAAUAGUAUGGCAGUUUCUCUCACAAUCAUGGCACUGAUUCUGCAACAAAAUGGAGAAGAGAACCUGCUGAAUUGUAAGGGACAAGAGCAAGAACAUAACAUGGAACAAAAGCUUUGUACAGGAGAGGAGGCUGUGAAGGAGUUCCCUGAAGUUUUCAAAGUCAGAUUAGACUUCCCUCCAAUCAAGGCUUAUGAUCAUGCUAUCCAGAUCAAGGAAGAAGCUAACUCUAUAUUCUCAAGCACAAAAUGUGGUUCAGUUCCAGGGUUGAAUCACACUGGCAAAGAGGUUCAGGAAACAUCAGUGAGUUGGAAAGAUCAAGUAUUGAAGCUUCUCUCUCAGAAAUUAGUGAAAUAUUGGGGAGGCAGAAGCGCCAGGAUGAAGAGGACGCAGAAGGUUACCUAUCGCCCACCUUGAGGGCAAGGUGGUUGUUUAGGGGGGAGAUUUGUUAGGGACCUACAUAGAAUAAUAAUAAAUAGAAUAAGUUUGUAAUAAUUGUCUUCUGUUAUUAGCUAUUAACUAUAGCUAGUGGAGCUGUAGGUCUAUAAAUAGAAUAAAACGGGUAAGAAGUGGGAGACGGUUAUCUUUGGAUGUAUUGUUGCCUUGAGAGUCCCGGUUGCCUGAGAAGUCCCUGUACCCUACGGUUUACCCCUAUAUCAUCAAUAAACGUCUAUUUCCA